CGGCGGGAAAAGAUUGACAUAUUGCAUAUGCGCGCCCAAUGCGCAUUUUGGAAGGGCCAUUCCGGCCUGGCAUACUUUUCUGCCCAUGUCUGGUGGAGCAAUGCCGGGUGCUGACGAUCAGUAGCUGAGACCACUACCGCCAUCGUCAUGGUGAAGGGGGAGAGGCUGACCGCUGUCCUGACCGGCGGCCCCCCUUGGGGGUUUCGCCUGAGUGGAGGUCUGGAAGUAAAACAACCCCUCAAAGUCGCCAAGGUGCGGAAGAAGAGCAAGGCGCACGGCUCUGGGCUUCAGGAGGGGGACGAGGUCUUGGCUGUGAACGGGGCGCCGUGUCAGGACGUCACGCACAAGGAUUGUAUGGGCAUAGUGGAGGGAUCGACAGAUAGACUGGAAUUGGAAGUUCUCAGAAAACGUCCAACGUACAACGUGCAGCAAGCGGGACAGACGACAGAACAAGAAGAGUCUGGAAGUAAGCUAGAGAUCAAGGUCAAUUCUGUGGCAAAGAAGGACAAGCAGCACGUGUCCACCCUCCAAAUCAAGCCAGUCACAGUCUCGGCCAGCUCAGUCAAGAGUGAGAGCAGGAGAGAGGUGUCAGCAAUUACGGUUGCUAAAGAGGAGUCGAGCCAACAAUCGCAGGUGGUUAGAUCGACCGAGUCCGAGUACUCAACUUUAGAGAGGAAGUCCAAGAACGUGUCCAAAGUAAACGGCCUAGGGCAGGUCAGUGUCUUCAGCGGUAGUGCACGUACAGAAGAAGAAGAGUCAGGUGAAAGAAAGACACAAGGAUUUUCCUACUUGAAGCCUGGAGACAUCCGAAGCUUAGGCCAAUCCGGUUCUCCAGAAGACAAGCAAAAGAGAGCACCACCACCCACAGCAGCUAGGUCGAGUCAAGAAUACCCUGUCAACCCUCCACCAUCAUAUUCCCGUGCCUUAAACGAGUCUCAAUACCAACAGGCCUACAGCCCGACCAGCGGCCAACCAGGUGACCAGCCAUUUGAAGAACAAGAACCGCCAUCAAGUGCCUUCCGCUCUGUUAGGCCUCCAGGGCCUAUCAAAUUAGAGCCUCAACAAGGCCACGGCAUCAACAGUCAGCCAGGCCACCUCCUUCGGCAGCAGCAGCAGAUACAAGAACCCCAACCCGUUACAGCUACCCAGCCUGCGGUACAGAGGCCAACGCCUAUAAGACAACAGCCCGCGACUGUGUAUCAACCAGAACGCCAGGCGGGCUCCCCUCAUACCUGGUCGGCCGGCGUUCCGAAACAGGAACCAGUUCCAUCAUCACAGCCGGCAAUCCAACAGCCGGCGGGGUCGUAUCCGUUUGAUCAGCCAACACCAUCAUACAGUCAACCCCCGGCAUCUGCACCCACUUACACGUGGAACCCUACUGGAAGGUCUAAGCCCAAGACCCCUAUCACUCCUACCACGCCAACCGAAGCGUCGCCAAACAAGGUCUUCAGUGUGUUUGACGUAGGAGCGACUUGGGAACCACCAAAAGAAGAAGAAACAGGAAACAUGAUGAAUGCGAAGCCCAAGGCACCUAUGUUCAAAGUAAAGAAGUUCGACUUCAAGCCGCAGACAUGGUCUGAAGGUUCAUCUUCUGGAAGGCCCAUGACGCAGGAGGACUUCCAAACUAUGGAUCUUCCGCUGGGGCCUAUGGGGCAGUAUCGUAAUAAGCAACGAGAGAUGCUGGCCUAUGAGAAGUCAGGAGCGGUUUGGUCACCGAGUGGAACAACCCCAGUGUCCGGUCCGAAGUCGUGGUCUCCGGGGGGAGGUGAGGUGCAGGAGAGACCUCACGAGGUACGUGAACAGCCCUGGUCUCCGACCGGGAGGCCACAAGCUCCUCAUGUGCAGUCUCCUCAGCCUGCCCCGGCGGUGUGGUCUCCUGGUGGAGGUGGGGGACAGGCACCAAGAGCAGCCCAGCCAGUGUCGUUUCAUCCCGGUGGUGGAACAGAAGAUCACGGUCCGCAGCCCACGUCUAAUGGCGUGUGGAGGCCGUCACAGAUGCCUCCAUCAUCGCAGGGGUACUACUCUGGUGAGCGAGACAGCGGGAUCUGGUCUCCAACAGGUACACAGGCGACAGCCCCCUCGAGGUCCUUCAACGACACUGACGGCCACGGUUCACCAGCCUCGUUUGACCCUCGGCCGAAGAUGGUCUCGGCACAAUCGUCAUCAGCCAGAUCUGCAGCGGCCUCGCUCAAGAAACCAGGUGAUUUAACGCCUGCGCCCACAGGUGACAAACAACCUGGCCCUGCCCUAGUGGCUACAGGUCCUGUAAUGAUGAAUGGAACCGUGCAUGUCAAUAUUGAAUGGCAAAAUGAGCCUAAAUCAAACGGAUACGGCGUCCGAACCCCCGCCACCAUAACACUUGAAGAGCCAUUGAAAGUAUCAGACGAGGAAGACCUCUACCCACCCGAAGAAAGGUAUAAAGUUAAGAUCUGCCACCGGCUUGCCCGGGCAUUGCUGUCGCGACAUAACCGAUUCUCUCGGGGCGGGAGGAUGUUCUGGAAAAGGCGCCUGCGGGCUCACAAGUGGGAGGCCGAUCCUUUCGGCCCGGCCGUCCACCCCAGGGACGCCACCCCUCAGGAGUUCCGUCCGGGGGUUGACGUGCCGGACGUCCCCGAAGAUCUCUACCAGCUCGUGCUGGAGGAGAUACGAGAAGGUCCGGCCGACGAUGACGUGGACGAAACUGACCUCGACUAUCCUUAUAAUUCUCCAGGGGCACCUGGGAGGGGCGGCAAAGCUGUGGGACCGACGAGAGUAGGCCCGCUUCCCAGCUAUCUCAACAUACAAGAGGAGCAGACAAGAAACGCAUCGGAGCAUUUCAUGACCGUCAAGCCAACUCCGGCCCUCACGUCCCAAGAACCAUUGAAACCAACCCUUCAGACCUUACCGACACGCAGUUACCUGGAGAUCCAAAAGGAGGCGAAGCCAGAGCCGGAAAAUGCUGCCGAAAAAGAAAAGAAACAAAAACAAAGACUCCACCCGAAGUCAAUUAGUGAGUAUUAUAACCUCCCUCCUGAGGCUGCAUUGCCCGAAAAAGACACGACGAAGAGGAUUCCCGUUUCGGAGAUUGAGCCAAUUAACUUUAACGUUGAUUUGGAGGAUAAGUCUCGCUGCACACAUCAGACGCCCGAAAUGCUGUCCCACGAUGCAGCCCGAAGGCUGGCGGAAGCAACAUUCUUCGAAGAGGGCAAAGGAGCCAAUAUGUUCAUGAAGAGAAUGGAGCGGAUGUCCAAAUAUGUCAUAGACGAAAGCAACGUCAAAAAGGCUCCCCCAAAGCCUCAAGUGUCUCCCAACGUGCCGCAGUACCAGUACCAGAAGCAGCAGCAGCAGCAGCAGAAGGGGACUCCGACAGUGCAGGAGAUGAAGGAGAUGAUGUCGCAGGUGACGUACAAACGUCCUCCGAAAAGUCCGUGGGAAGCUGCCAUGGAGGGGUCGGGGAAAAUCGAUGAUGCCUUCAGCCACAUACGGGGCAAUAAGCUUCUGCUUGAUGUGCCGCCCGGUAGUCAGCAGGAAUACGACCCGUUUGAUCCCACCCUGCCAUUCCCAGGCUCGCAGCCAACUGAUCUCGGUGGGGAGGGUGUCCCAAGUUGGACAUCCCAAGAUGGUAUGAGUAUGAAUGAGAAGUCCACUUCACCGACCGGGCCGCAAUUCAAAGAUUACAACGCGAAGCCCCGCGGAUGGGUAAGCAGUGGAGGAGGUUACCUGAGCGACCAGCUUGCUACAGAUUACGAGUCCGACACUAACCUGUCCACAGCCAGCGCACCCUCACGCCAGCAACUGUUCAAGGUCUCAAAGGUGCCCACAGCAGCGGGUUCAGCUAGACAGCUGAGGCCCCAACACCUGUACAUGGGCCAUGGUCAGCCGCCACAGCCACGGCCUAUGUCACCAAUGCGACCGUUGACUCCCCAACGGCCAACCACGCCGCCAUACUGGCCAUCGUCUAGAUCAUCGACGCCCACGCCAUAUUGGCAGCGCAAAGCUACUCCUCCAGAAGUUGCGCCACGCAGCCAAUCCCGCAGCCCCGGCCCUGGUACAGCCUCCACGUCAUCUUGGCGAUGGACGAUCCCCAGGUCGGAGGCCACACCUAAGAAAAAGUCCCCCACAAAGGCACCGACGCCGUUUACUGUAGCGGCAUUUCAGCCCUCUCCCAGUCCUCGGGCAACUAGUCCUGUCGACGUUUCUUGGCGCCGAACGAUGUCCUUAACCGCAGGUACCCCCGACUAUGGGGUGCCGCCCGAAAGGUCCCCAACGCACUUUACUCAGGCUUCUUUCUUACACUCGCGACAACAAGUUCCCAUGGAGAAAUUGGGUAAAGGCGCCAAAAUGUUCCAGAAGCAAAAAGAGCGUUCAGAAAAGUUCGUCAUCGACGAAAAUACAGUUGCUCGAACGCCCAUAAGACGUGCGGAGAGAGAGAGGUCCUCUUCGUCAUCAUCUUCCUCACACGUUAGCAAGGCCCGGCUAACGCCAUGGGAGGCAGCAGCUACCAUGGGAACGGUAGAUCCCGCCUUUUCCAGUAUUGAUGUGGAGAUGAAAGUACAUGGCAGUCCUUACAAAGCUAGAGUGGCCCACACGGUGAUGGACGCGGCGGGCAGCAAGGCUAUGCCAUCACCGCCCGCAGAAUGGAAGAGGACGCAGAUGAACGGUCAGCAGUGGUCCCCAACCGUAGCGUCUUACGUCACAAAACCUCGCUUCGACGCCCGGCAGAUGAGCAUGUCGCCUACCAUACAGCCCGCCAGAGUCACGCCGUUCGCCUUCACCUACAACCCUUCAAUCAAGGCGUGGUCGCCUCAACACGGCAUGCGUGGGGCAGAAGAGUGAAAUGUUCAAUGAUAGCAAGGCAUUACUGGUUUAGGCUCGGAUACAACGUGGCGUCUUGGUAUCGAACACUAUGUCAUAUCACUCAAAUCUCAGUCAAGGGAAUGAGACGAAAUGGCAUCAAAAAUUGGAAGCGAUUCUUUUACUUCAAACUUUGCUUGUAAAUUUAUGCAUUUGUCAAGAAUCACGAUUGUGACAGCUGAACUACUAUAGGGACUACCGCAUGAGAUGCAGCUAUGCGACUAUGAUGAGGUAGCCAGUUACCAUGGCAAAAACAGAGGAGGAAGAGCAAAUGCCACGAAGGACAGAGGAUAGAGACCGAAUCAUCAUGCUUUCUAAAGCGCGGACGAUUUGUUACGAAGAGCCUGUCUGCCUGGUACAUCACCAAGUGAGGAGAGUCAAGAAGAGCCAAAUCUCACAGACUACCUGAAAGUAAGACCGCCGUAGUGAACCUUGGCAGUAUUUGGAUCUGUACUUUUGUGUCAUCUUGACACCAUCAGCUGGUUAUGUACCGGGCAGGCCUAGUUGCGGUGGAGGGCAGGCACAAAGAUAUGGAAACGCGGAAGCUGCAACUGCCUGGUAAAGAGUACGGAAGACGGAGCUGUUGUGGUCAGGAGGUUGUGACUUGGUUAUGGUUAAGUUGACACUGCAAUCGAAGGUUAAUGAAGUCGAUCUUGUAUAUGAUCCAUGUAUGAACUUUUCUAAUAGCAACUACGAGAAGGGUACAUGCAGUGUUGUAGAUUGGUUAAUAUGUAACCAAAACUAAAUGACACUGGACCAUUUACCAACUCGUUAGACGGAACACACAUAGAUGGUUGCCAAAUAUCUCAGUUCGCACAGUAUUGGAUCUCUCCUGAAUUUCCGUUGCAAAAACCAACACGAAUAUGUCUGCAGUGAAUUGGCCAUUUUUUCAUAUGCAGUAAUCCAGGACGUUUGCAAGGCUAGGCCACUUACUGCAAAUUAUAUUCAAUACGUAUCGGUAGAUUACGUCAUAACUUGUACUUAUUGGUAUAGGCUGACAUAGGAGUGACAGUUAACAUUAGAUCACAUCCAGAUGCAUUAAAAGGGCAAUGUCUAUAUAAGAAAAGUAUUUGAUAGCCACCGUGACAACAAGACGAAGCAAAAUUUAAGUACCGAGACAUGACGACUUGAGUAUUAGAGUAACAUCAGUCUCAUGUUUCUAAGAGAACCUUGUAAAAGUUUAGACUAUGGCUCUGAAGGCUUUGUCGUGAUUUUUAGCAAAGGCAAGUAUUGCGUAUACGUAGUGCUGAAGCAAGAAUAAGUUGCCCAAGAUGUGCAUCUUUUGCAUUCGUCCGUUGUAAAUGAAGCUUAUACAACUUGUGAAGACACCGCUUGGGUUGACUAUCAACUAUGUAAUAUAUUCUGUUACUUAAUGAUGAUAAUGAUGAAGGAACUGCAGUUAAAUGUUAGCGUUUGGUACACACCUUAUUUGCUGUAGCCCAUGAUUUAGCAUCUAGCUUGUAUUUCUGUCACUGGUAUUGAUACUUAUAUGAGAGUAUACGUCAAAUGGUAUGCAGCUAAGGGGUUACCAAGAAGAGCUUAAAUGUUGAAGCUUCAGUACAAAUUAGCUCAAUUUCUAUAUAUGUAAUCUGUCCUUAUUAUCAACUCAGUGAGAGUUAGAGGGCUCGAUAGUUUCGCUAUCCUGUCAUCACUCCUCCGUCUUCCUGCUACAAAAGGAUCAACAGCAGAAUCUACAAUUAUAUCUUCGGAAUGGUGUUACCGGGGGACUUUGUAGAAAGCGUAUAGCGUGAUUAGGCACAUCAGACCAAGAUCAUUAUACACAAGGCGUUUGACUUAUAUAGUUCUUAGACUUGACAGGCAUCAGAUAUAAGAAGGUUCCAGAAUAUAUUAUUGGGUUUAGGAUGACUGAGAAAACUAUUCUAGAAGCAAACUGCAUUCACGACUGCAUAUUAGCAACGUGCCGAUAUAGUUGUCAUUGUGCACACCUAAAAUGUCGAACAAAUGUCAAUAUUUUGGGAGACGUUUCACAAAGUGAAGUGUCAAACAACUACUCGCAGAGUUUGUUUGGACAUACUUUUGGUAUGAAUUGUGUGCAAUGGUGUGACCUGAGUGGUCGAAUAAAGCCAAAGUUAUCCA